AUGACUCGCCAGUUUUUGCGCUACGCAAUAGAGAAGUUCCGCCUGCGAGAUCAGACUUGCUUGAGCUACGGGCCUUGCCAGACACCCACGCUUUGGUUUUGCGUCGAGAGGCACAAGGAGAUUCAAAACUUCCAGAGGCAAGAGUUCUACAAGCCCAAGGUUUCUGUGAACUUGGACGGCUGGCCUUUGGAGUUCGAUUGGCUCCAGGACCAGACCUUUGAUGCAGGUCGCGUGAAGUCCUUACAGUCACGGGCACAGUCGGCGAAGCAAGCCGUCGUCAAGGAGCUCAGGACCACUGCCAAGACCCUGAAGAAGCCGGUUGGCCUGAACACCGUGCAGCUACUGAAAGCCGCGAGCACUGGUCUUGGAAUGUCCCCCGUGCAGUGUAUGAAGGUGGCUGAGCAUCUCUAUACCUCUGGCUACAUCUCCUAUCCCCGCACCGAGACAACCAGGUACUCGGACACAUUUGACCUUCACGCAGCCUUGCGAGAGCAAGCAGACCAUCCGGCCUGGGGAAAGACGGUGAGCCAUUUGCUGCGCCAAGGGCAGAUCCGGAAUCCGAAGACUGGCCGCGAUGUGGGGGACCACCCACCCAUUACUCCUAUGAAGGCCGCACCCCGGGACGAGUUCAGCAAAGGAUCUGAGUGGCGGCUCUACGACUUCAUCACCAGGCACUUUAUCGCCUCGCUGAUGCCGGACGUAGAGUAUGAUGAGAAGGCCCUGAUCGUGAACGUUGGCGGGGAAGACUUCGCUUACACCUUCCACGAGAUGCGGGAGAGGGGCUUCCUCUUCGCCAUGCCCUGGAAGAGCAAAGAUCUAAAUCUGAACGAGAUCGACUGGGCCAUGCCCCGGCUGGCACCGGGAAGCCCUCUCCGUGUGGAGGAGGUUUGGGUCGAGAGCGAUUUCACAAAGCCACCAGACUACUUGAAGGAGAGUGAGCUGGUGGCUCUGAUGGACAAGCAUGGCAUUGGUACGGAUGCCAGCAUCCCGCAGCACGUGGAGAACAUCUGCAACCGGAACUACGUGAUGGUCUGUGGUCCUGGAGAAGACGGCCAGCGCGGCGAGAGAAUACCAAAGGGAGGCAAGAAAGGCAAGGGGAAGGGCAAAGGCAAAGGCAAAGACGGAAAGGCUCAAGGCGGCGAGAAGCCGCAAUCGCGGCACAUGGUUCCGACAUCACUGGGACUCAGCUUCUGCGCAGCUUUCGAGGAGCUGGAUGCAGAGCUGUGCCGGCCGCCCAUUCGAGCCUACAUGGAAAAGCAAUGCCUACAGGUGGCGGAAGGAAUCCUGGACAAGGAAGACGUUGUCAACGAGAACAUCAAGCUCUUCGAGACGAAGUUCCACAGCUUCAGGGGAUGUUUGAGCCAGCUGGAGAAGUUUUUCGUUUCGAAGGAACAGAUUGGCAACAGCAUGGGAUACCGGGGAGGCGGCGAUUGGGGUGGUGGCGGUAGCGGAUCGGGCUGGAACAACGGCUGGGAUGGUGGUGGCUACGGGAGCAAAGGCGGAAGAGGCGCUGGCAAGAACGGCCGUGGAGGUGGAUGGCACUGA